UCGCAAUUCUCUAAGCGGGAUUAUAUAAGUAAUCACGUGGAAAUAUUUGCCAAGGCAUGAUUAGGUCAUCUUUUGGCGAUCGAAGAUGGAGAUGAGGACGGCGAAGAAGAUAUGACAAACUAGCAACGACAAGACACAGUGUGCAGGCAACGGUAUCUGAUAUGUGACUGUUGGGUGAUAGCUGGUCUGACUUGAUAUAUAAUAUUGUCCGUGAGACACCAUGACGACCUCGACUGGGACGGGGUGGGCACAGCUCCGGCAACAGGCCCGGUCUCUUGAGACUCAGGUAUAGUUAAAUCAUAGGCAGCAACAUAUAUAUACAUUGGUACUGGGACAUUGGAAGUUUGCUAAUGCUGUAUGCUUUAGACAGAGACUCUAUUCCAUUCGUACGCCCAAUAUGCUUCCAUGAGCCAGCUCCCGUCAAAACCAUCGGAGGAUGAGAUUAGGCUGGAAGCCCAGAUACAGGAUAUUCUGAGCAGGCGAGACACCCUUAUAUCACAACUCUCCCGUUUGCUCGACUCCGAAACCCCCUUGACUGCCUCUGCAUUGAAACAGAACAACCUCUCCCGCCACCGGGAAGUCCUCCUUGAACACCGCCAAGAACUCAAGCGUCUGAAGGCGACUAUAUCAGAUACCCGAGACCGUGUGAACCUGCUUUCGAAUGUUCGAUCAGACAUAGAUGCGUACCGGGCAUCUAACCCUGCUGGAGCAGAGGCUGAUUACAUGCUCGAGGAGAGAGGGCGUCUCGACAACAGUCACAACAUGAUGGACAGUGUCCUGAGCCAAGCUUACGCCGUCAAUGAGAGCUUUGGGUUUCAGCGAGAAACUCUAGCCAGCAUCAAUCGUCGCAUUGUUGGUGCGGCCAGCCAGAUACCCGGUGUCAAUAAUCUAAUCAACAAAAUCAGUGCCAAGAGAAGACGGGACGGGAUCAUCUUAGGCACUUUUAUCGGAAUCUGUUGUUUAAUGGUGUUUUUCUUCAGGUGAUUGAUCGCUAUACCUCGACCUGUGUAUAAUUUGAUGCGGCGUGCGGCGUUUCCAGGGCAUGAGUUUAGCAGGCGUUGAGAUUUGGUAUGAUUGAUAUGCUUUUUUUUCGCUCUUUGUCUCCUA